AUGGCGGAAACCACAGAAGCAAGUAAGAGCUUGCCAGAGCGUGUCAAGGACAAGGUCGAAAAUGUAGUCUCCGAGAAAAAGCCAAAGAAAGAAAAGGCGGAAAAGCAACCCAAACCGCCAAAGGCGGCGAAAGCACCAGCGCCAAAGCCUCCGAAGCCAGCAAACUCUGGCCCAGCAGUUCCUCUUGAUCCCGAUUCGAUGUUCAAAGAGGGCUGGUUAGCAGCUGUCCGGAAGGAAAGACCGGCAGACGAGGCGGUGGUCACUCGAUUCCCACCAGAGCCAAAUGGCUACCUUCAUGUCGGUCAUAGCAAAGCCAUUGCCAUCAACUUUGGAUUUGCACGAUACUACGGCGGCAAAUGCAAUUUGCGAUUUGACGACACCAAUCCCGAGGCUGAAGAAGAAGUCUACUUCACUGCAAUUGAGGAUAUUGUUAGAUGGCUAGGCUUCAAGCCUGCGCGAAUCACCUACUCCAGCGACUUCUUCGACCAGCUUUACGAGCUUGCCGAAAAGCUUAUUACCCUAGACGGCGCCUACGUCUGUCACUGCACAGAUGAUGAGCUGAAGGAUCAACGCGGUGGGACUGAUCCGAAGAACAAGCAUGAGCGAUAUGCCUGUCCUCACAGAGGACGACCAGUUGAAGAUUCUCUAGCCGAGUUUCGGGCCAUGAAAGAUGGGAAAUACAAGCCGAAAGAAGCCUUCUUGCGCAUGAAGCAGGACAUUAGUGAUGGCAACCCACAGAUGUGGGAUCUCGUUGCGUACCGUGUUCUGGAGAAGCCGCAUCACCGCACCGGUGACAAAUGGAGAAUCUAUCCUACCUACGACUUCACCCACUGUCUGUGCGAUAGCUUCGAGGGCAUUACUCAUUCAUUGUGUACGACCGAGUUCAUUCUAUCCAGGGUGUCUUACGAAUGGCUGAAUAACAAGCUCGAUGUGCCACACAAGCCCAUGCAAAGAGAGUAUGGCCGUCUCAACGUCACCGGAACUGUCUUGUCAAAACGAAAGAUCAAGAAAUUGGUAGAUGAAGGGGUUGUGGGCGGGUGGGAUGAUCCGAGACUAUACACCCUUGUGGCUCUUAGAAGAAGAGGUAUCCCACCCGGGGCAAUCCUUUCGUUUGUCAAUGAAUUGGGCGUUACAACAGCCAAGACCAAUAUUCAAAUCUCUCGAUUCGAGCAGUCAGUCCGAAAAUAUCUGGAAAGCACGGUCCCCCGUCUGAUGGUAGUCCUGGAUCCGGUACCGGUCAUCAUUGACGAUCUACCAGAUGAUCAUUAUGAGGAAAUCGAAAAUGCCUUCGGUCCCAAAGAUGUCGACAUGGGUACUCAUCGAUUGCCUCUUACGAAGAAGGUGUAUAUCGAGCGGGACGAUUUCCGAGAAGUCGACAGCAAAGAUUUCUUCCGAAUGGCCCCCGGAAAACCAGUGGGGCUCCUGAAGGUUCCAUAUCCGGUCAUUGCCACGAGCUUCAAGAAGGACGAAACCACUGGCCUAGUUACCGAGAUCCACGCCAAGUUCGACAAACCAGCCGAGGGGGAAAAGAUCAAAAAGCCUAAAGCCUAUAUCCAUUGGGUUGCGGAUGCGCCAGAGAAUGGAUCACCCAUCAAGUGUGAAGUUCGCGUCUUCCACCCACUGUUCAAAUCCGACAAUCCGGAUGCCGUAGAGCCGAGCUUCAUGGCAGACUUGCGGGAAGACAGUCUCAAAGUUUAUCCGAACGCACUGGCCGAGGUUGGGUUGAAAGAGAUUCGUGCGAGGGCGCCAUGGCCCGAAGAGGCCGGAGAGAAAAAGGACGACUGUGGGUUCGAGUCGGUCAGAUUCCAGGCGAUGAGAACGGGGUACUUCUGUUUGGAUAAGGAUACCGAAGAGGCAGCGGGAAAGGUAGUCCUCAAUCGGAUCGUGACAUUGAAGGAGGAUGCCGGGAAGAGCGCUUGA